CUCCUGGUUCAUAGGUCGACGGUCAACCACUGAGCCACCCACUGGGCUACCUGCCGUUUAACAACUGAUUCACAAAAUUCCUGCAAAUGUCACACUUGCCUGUUGUUCGCCUCUCGCAUACCGUGCAGUCAUGUCAGCGUCCGUGAGACGUGAGGGUCAGGGUCCAUGGGGUCAGGGAUCAGAGUUCACAGCCAACAUCCCCACACCGACCCCCGCAGAUGAAGGUGCGGAUGCUGCGAGUGUGGAGCUGGCGGCAUGGCGAGGGCUGGCAGUGCCCCGCCCCCAGGGUGAGGCCGUGGGCAUCGCCCUCCUGCUGGAUCAGGUCCAGAGGGCCCUCCCGGCACCGGGCGCUGGAGGCCAGGAGCUGCCCAUGGCUGACCGUGUCCUCCACCAGGCACAGCAGACCAGGGGAGGUACAGCCAGGGCCCAGGGCCGAGCGCAGGACGUUCAGGGGGUGCUGGCUGAGGCGGGAGCUCACACCAGGGCUGCAGAGCAAGGGCUGCAGGCGGCCAGACAGACACUUGGAGGCCUGGAGGCCAGUGUACAGGAGGUGGCGGGGCGCCUGGCCCAGAUGACACUGGCAGCGGAUGUGACCCCGGACCCGGGGCUCCUAUCCAGGGCAGCUGUGGCUCUCAGGACCCGUGUGGCCCUGUGCCAGGGGCAGGCCCAGGCGGCAGAAGAGCGGGCAGCGCAUGCCCUGGGCUUGGCUGGGGGCCUGGGCAAGAGCCCCCGGGGAGCUGAGGUCCCAGUGCCGUCCUGGUCCCUGGAGCCUGGGUGGGGCAGCUCGCAGCGCAUUCCAGCCGAAUUCAGCGCUCCCGGCAAGCUGGAAGGUCCGGAGCGGAUGCGCGGCCAUAAGAUCUGGAUCGCUCACUGCCUCUCCGGUCGGUCUGUGGUGGCCACCCAGCACCCAUUUCCAUGCGACGGAGACUGCACUUCCCGUGCGACCUGCUUUGGUGACCAGGGAGCCGGAGGCCCUGGAACCAAGCGGCCUCUUCCCAUCCGCCCCCUCCGGCCAGCAUCCUGAGCUGCCCACCUUCCUGAACCGGGGGCUGGACGCCCUCGCACGGGCCCUCCCGCUCUCCACUGAUGCUGGAGCCCUGGAUCCGAAGGCCUAGCUGCUGUUGACCUCCACCGAGGUGGCCAUGACCCUGAGGGCAAAGGCCAGGUUCCAGGGGCCGUCUGAAGUCUCACAGACCAGACUCCUGGCCUUGGCUCACGCCGUGGCCCUCGGUGCACCCCCUGACCACGGUGGCCUAAAGCCCCCAGCCCCCCGCUUCCCCCUUGCUCUGCCGAGGUCUGGGCAUCAGGACUCAAUAAAAAUUUGCAGCUGAGCUGGCCUGGGCCUGGUUUCUAGAAUGAGGGUCCUUUUCAGAGGGGAGGGGAGGGGGCGGGAACCUCUGCACGGGGUUGCGAUCCUGCCCGACAUCCACUCCAUGCUUUCCUUCCUGCCGUGGUUCCCAACUUUGCUCAAAGUCGCCAGACUCCCAGCCCAGCGGAGGGACCGCCGGACCUGACCGAGUGGAGACUCAGCCGCGGACCCUCACGGGCAGGGAUGGAGUGGGCCGCAGGGAACCGAGGGAGGGACC